CACCCUACAAAUUUAUUAGGGCAUUAAACGCAGUUUUUCCUCGUCAUCCGUUAAAGUGUCAUAUAUAAGUCUAACAAAAUUGUACAACUGCUAUUCCUCAAGAAAAGAAUACAUGUUUGUUGCACACUUUUACAGCAACACCUUCUCCGCUCUUCGUCGGACACUCCACAGCUUCCGGUAACAGCGAGUGCGGGUGUGAAUGUAGUGGAGCUUUUAUGACUGUAUAGUGUGGAUUUAGCCUCGAUCUGCUUGUUCAGCGAGUGUCUGCAGUGAUCAGGAGUGUGUAUUCCAGCGACAGAAGAAGAGCAAUGGGCUUCCGCAAGAAGAACAAGAGUCCGCCCGUGCUGAGCCAUGAGUUUGUCAUCCAGAAUCACGCGGAUAUGGUGUCGUGUGUGGCCAUGGUCGUCCUGCUGGGACUCAUGUUCGAGGUGACAGCAAAGUUCGCCAUCAUGUUCAUCACAGUCCAGUAUAACGUCACGCAGAGCCUGGAACCAGAUGCAGAGGACAAGCCUGAGCCGAUGAACCUCUACAGGUACGGCCUGCGGGACAUCGCCACGGUGUUCUUCUACCUGCUCAUCGCCGUCAUCCUGCACGCCCUGAUCCAGGAGUACGUCCUCGAUAAAAUCAAUCGCCGGCUACACCUGUCCAAGACCAAACACAGCAAGUUCAACGAGUCGGGACAGCUGGCCUCCUUCUACCUGUUCUCCUUCAUCUGGGGCGUCAGCAUCCUCACCAAUGAGGAAUUUGUGACCAAUCCAACCUUUCUUUGGGAAGGCUAUCCUCAUAUCCACAUGGCGUGA